AGAGCGCGCUCCCUCAGUAGGUGGAUGGUGGUCGGAGCGCCGGCUCCUUGCUCCUGGUCGCCAUUUUGUGCUGGUGGUUGCGGGUAGCGGGGAGUAGGCGGCGGCGGCGGGGCUCCCGGGGAGGGCAGCGCGCUCGGCGCUUCGCCCCUUCCUCCCUCCGCCUUGCUGCCUCCAGCUUUGAACUUGGUGGUUACGCGAAGCGGCUCCUGCUGAGCUGGGCGAGUUGGUGGAGGAGGCUGAGGGCCGAGGUGAUGUCAGGGAGCCCUCCCUUGACAGCCCGAGCCGAGAGUCCCUGCAGGAGGCACCACCCAGGCUGGCAGAUCAUGGUGGCAGCAGCGGGGGUGGCUGGGAAGUGAAACGGAGCCAGCGGCUGAAGAGGGGCCCUAGCAGCCCCCGAAGGUCCUAUCAGGACAUGGAGUAUGAAAGACGGGGUGGUCGUGGGGACAGGACUGGCCGCUAUGGAGCCACCGACCGUUCCCAGGACGACAGUGGGGAGAACCGCAGCCGGGACCAUGACUACCGAGACAUGGACUACCGCUCGUACCCCCGCGAGUAUGGCAGCCAGGAGGGCAAGCACGACUAUGAUGACUCCUCCGAGGAGCAGAGUGCAGAGGAUUCCUACGAGGCCUCCCCGGGCUCCGAGACUCAGCGUAGGCGGCGGCGGCGGCACAGGCACAGCCCCACUGGCCCGCCGGGCUUCCCCCGAGACGGCGACUAUCGGGACCAGGACUAUCGCACGGAGCAAGGGGAGGAGGAGGAGGAGGAGGAUGAGGAGGAGGAGGAGGAGAAGGCCAGUAACAUCGUCAUGCUGAGGAUGCUGCCACAGGCAGCCACUGAGGAUGACAUCCGUGGCCAGCUGCAGUCCCAUGGCAUCCAAGCGCGUGAGGUCCGGCUGAUGAGAAACAAAUCCUCAGGUCAGAGCCGGGGCUUCGCCUUCGUCGAGUUUAGUCACUUGCAGGACGCUACACGAUGGAUGGAAGCCAAUCAGCACUCGCUCAGCAUCCUGGGCCAGAAGGUGUCCAUGCACUACAGCGACCCCAAGCCCAAGAUCAAUGAGGACUGGCUGUGUAACAAGCAUGCGAAUAGUAAUGAGACAUGGCCCCAAAGGUGCUUGGGCGGAUUAAAAUGUGAUGAGAAGGUCACACUUGGAACAGCUGCUGGCCCACAGUGUGGCGUCCAGAACUUCAAACGCCGUGAGAAGUGCUUCAAGUGCGGUGUGCCCAAGUCAGAGGCAGAGCAGAAGCUGCCCCUGGGUGCCAGGCUGGAUCAGCAGACGCUGCCGCUGGGUGGACGGGAGCUGAGCCAAGGCCUGCUCCCCUUGCCGCAGCCCUACCAGGCCCAGGGAGUGCUGGCCUCCCAGUCCCUGUCCCAGGGCUCAGAGCCAAGCUCCGAGAACGCCAACGACACCAUCAUUUUGCGCAACCUGAACCCACACAGCACCAUGGACUCCAUCCUGGGGGCCCUGGCACCCUACGCAGUGCUAUCCUCCUCCAACGUCCGAGUCAUCAAGGACAAGCAGACGCAACUGAACCGCGGCUUCGCCUUCAUCCAGCUCUCCACCAUCGUGGAGGCAGCUCAGCUGCUACAGAUCCUGCAGGCCCUGCACCCGCCGCUCACCAUCGAUGGCAAGACCAUCAACGUUGAGUUUGCAAAGGGUUCUAAGAGGGACAUGGCCUCCAACGAAGGCAGCCGCAUCAAUGCUGCCUCUGUGGCCAGCACUGCCAUUGCUGCGGCCCAGUGGGCCAUCUCACAGGCCUCCCAGGGUGGGGAGGGUGCCUGGGCCACCACUGAGGAAUCAUCGGUCGACUACAGCUACUAUCAACAGGAUGAGGGCUAUGGCGGCAGCCAGGGCACAGAGUCCUCCCUCUAUGCCCAUGGCUACCUCAAGAGCGCCAAGGGCCCUGGCAUGACUGGAACCAAAGGGGACCCAGCUGGAGCAGGUGCCGAGGCCUCCCUAGAGCCGGGGGCAGACUCUGUGUCGCUGCAGGCUUUUUCCCGCGCCCAAGCUGGUGCCACCCCUGGCAUCUACCAGCAGUCGGCAGCCGAGGCCAGCGGCAGCCAGAGCGCUGCUGCCAACAGCCAGUCAUACACCAUCAUGUCGCCUGCUGUGCUCAAAUCUGAGCUCCAGAGCCCCACCCAUCCCAGCUCUGCCCUGCCACCAGCCACCAGCCCCACUGCCCAGGAGUCCUACAGCCAGUACCCUGUUCCUGACGUCUCCACCUACCAGUACGAUGAGACAUCCGGCUACUACUAUGAUCCUCAGACUGGCCUCUACUACGACCCCAACUCCCAGUAUUACUACAAUGCUCAGAGCCAGCAGUACCUGUACUGGGAUGGGGAGAGGCGGACCUAUGUUCCUGCCCUGGAGCAGUCGGCCGACGGGCAUAAGGAGACAGGGGCGCCUUCCAAGGAGGGCAAAGAGAAGAAGGAGAAGCACAAGACCAAGACGGCCCAGCAGAUCGCCAAGGACAUGGAGCGCUGGGCCCGCAGUCUCAACAAGCAGAAAGAAAACUUCAAAAACAGCUUCCAGCCUAUCAGCUCCCUGCGGGACGAUGAGAGGCGGGAGUCAGCCACCGCAGAUGCGGGCUACGCCAUCCUGGAGAAGAAGGGAGCACUCGCUGAGAGGCAGCACACCAGCAUGGAUCUCCCGAAACUGGCCAGCGACGACCGCCCAAGCCCACCCCGAGGGUUGGUGGCCGCCUACAGCGGGGAGAGUGACAGUGAGGAGGAGCAGGAGCGAGGGGGCCCGGAGCGGGAAGAGAAGCUCACAGACUGGCAGAAGCUGGCCUGCCUGCUCUGCCGGCGCCAGUUCCCCAGCAAGGAGGCGCUCAUCCGGCACCAGCAGCUCUCCGGGCUCCACAAGCAAAACCUUGAGAUUCACCGGCGAGCGCACCUGUCAGAAAAUGAACUAGAAGCACUUGAGAAGAAUGACAUGGAGCAAAUGAAGUACCGGGACCGGGCAGCUGAACGCAGAGAGAAGUAUGGCAUCCCUGAGCCACCAGAGCCUAAGAGGAGGAAGUAUGGUGGCAUGUCUGCCGCCUCCGUAGACUUUGAGCAGCCCACGCGGGAUGGUCUGGGCAGUGACAACAUCGGCAGUCGCAUGCUCCAGGCCAUGGGCUGGAAAGAGGGCAGUGGCCUGGGUCGCAAGAAGCAGGGUAUUGUGACCCCCAUUGAGGCCCAGACACGGGUGCGGGGUUCUGGUUUGGGUGCCCGAGGCAGCUCCUAUGGGGUCACCUCCACCGAGUCCUACAAGGAAACAUUGCACAAGACAAUGGUGACCCGCUUUAACGAGGCCCAGUGAGGACCUGUGAGAGCUACUUCGACAUCUGCUCCUACCAGCCCAGGACGGGAAGAAUGAAUGUCUGCUGUUUUGAGCAGGGCUCUGCACCUGUCCACCAGCCCACUCCCCAGCCAGACAGGCCCUGACCACGUCAGACUUUGAGUUGGUGACUUGUUGGAAAACUGGGCUAGCAUCAAGUUCUUUUUGUAAUAAAAGCUGAAAAGUCCA